AGCUGCUUGGGCCGAUGCCAUGCGCUCUAAUUUCCCCGAAGGCACGACCGGCUGUGGACGUGGUGGCCCGGGAUCUUGCCACGUCGGAGGGUGAUCAGCGCGAUAUCGUCGAUAAUUCGCGGCCGAUUCUUCUCUCGCGAUCGUGAAAGGGAGAGCGGUGGAUCUGAGGAGACGCGGGACAUCAAACGGGCUCUUCGAAGGCAAGUUGCUGCUGUACGUCAACCGACAGCUGACGUCGUCGUCAUCGUCGUCAUCGCCGUAGAUCGAGCCUCGCGAGCGGCGUCCAAGCUUCGCCAUUUCCAUGCGAAGGUCGUCUUAUCAUGGCUGUCGCCCUUCCGGGCAAGUUCGCUGUCGCGCUACUGGCUUUGAUCGUAUUACUCUACGCCACCUGCUACGGCUUCCGAAUACGCGAUAUCGCGCCGCAAACGCCGCACUCGGUCUGCGUUCCAACGCACGACAGAGCCUGCCCGGACAAAACGACAACGACCGGGAAACCGGUGCACUUGGCUCGAAAAUGGCACGAGGGCAUAACAUCGCGAACUACCGCUGCUGACCGGAAACCACCUGCCGAGUCAACGUCAGACAUUGGAACGGAGAAAAUUCGAACCACGGAACGUCCGAGAGACAAGGAUGCGAUCAGAUUUGCAUCGAAAAAGUACAAGGCUGAAAGUGUCGAAGUUGACGAUGAUGAAGAUGUGGAGGUGGAGGAGGAUGAAGAAUCGAGGGAGGAUUUUGAGAGAGAUCGUACAGAUAGGAUAGAUGAGGACGAUGUAACCGAGACUGAACUAUCGGAUCGAGAUGCUAAAAGUAAACAAGACAAAUUGGAUAAAACUGUUGUUCGCGAAGACGAUAAUGAAAGUGAUGAUGAUGAUGAUGAUGAUGAUGAUGAUGAUGAUGAUGAUGAUGAUGAUGAUGAUAAUGAUGAUAAUGAUGAUGAUGAUGAUGAUGAUAACGACGACGAUGACGACGACGACGACGUAGAUGACGAUGACGAUGACGAUGAUGAUGAAGAUGAGAAAAAGAUCCUUAAGAAAACUUCAAAAAUACGAAUGGAAGAAACUAAAAUACAAGUUAAAACUAAAUCAAGGAAAUAUAGUAAAAAUAUAGUUGACGACGAAGAGGAGGAAGAUGAUGAACAAGAAGAAGAAAAGAAAGCCAAAGUAGAUAGGCGAAAAGUCGUAGAGCCACUUAAAAAACAAGUCGAUGUAUCACAUAAAAAACAAAAAAUUCAGGUUCCGCAAAAAGACGAGGAUGAAGAUGGAAGUAAAGAAGAUGAUAUAAGAGAAACCGUUCCAUCACCUAGAAAGUUGGAAAAAGUAAGACUCGCCGAUAAAGACAAAACUAUUGUACUUAGCAAACGCGAUGUGGAGAAGCCAAAACAUGAAGAUAAAAGACCGACUAAUGUCACAAAGCCGGCAGUUGAGAGCGUAAAAAAGACAAUCGAAAGAACGAAAAAACUUGAAUCAAUCGAAAGCACGAGAAAACCUGUCGAGAGCGCGAAGAAAUCAAUCGAAGUUAGCGAAAAAUUAUCCGAGAGUAAAAGAAAAAUUGAAUCGGUCAAGGUUACUCCUGAGCCUAAGACCGAGGUACCUAAAACUGCAACAAAAAUAGCAGACGAAAGAUCGAAGACGCGCGUGAAACCGGGAACUUCAACACCUGCGCCGAGGAUCAAGGAGCAGGCGAAACAAGCAGAGAAGGUGGAUGUCAAAAAAGUAACGACAAAAGCAACUUCGAAGCCGUCGAUGGAAGUUUCGCAAGUGAAGAAGCAAGAAACAAAGCCAACACCGAAGAAACGUACAGACGCAUCUGUCACAUUGUCCGAACUGAAUGAUGCAAUUCUGCGUGUGCCGACCUUCGUGCCAAAUUUUACGAAUGUUGAAAGCCUCGAGUGUCAGCAACACGGCAAGAUAUUCCUGCGACAAUUGAGAGGUUACAAGUUGUGGGCGCUGCAAAUGUUGGAUGCGAGCGCAAAGAUUCCCUCGGGCUUGUUACGAGGAAACGUGAAUCAGCUCGGGGAUUACGAUCAAUGUUUGGGUGUGUUGGCAUAUGUUAAAGUAGAUGAGAGAACGAUAAGAAUUCAAGGGAAAUAUUGCUUGGCUACUAUGGACCUGCACGCUUCCCAUCCAGACAUGAGGCUGCCGGUCAAUUUAAUGCAGGGGCGCGCUUUUAUACGAGCAAGCAUGCACGACCCAGGUCAUUUCAUUCCGAAAUUUACUACAAUCAAUUGGGCGCUCUGUCUACCUGCGGCGUGUUCCGCUAAGGACGCCGAACGUGCGUUAGAAAGUGCCUUAGAGGAUUACAAUGGAACUGUUGGAAUUAGAUUUACGGUGGACGUCGAUCCUAAUAUGUGUUACGUGAAACAAAAGCCUCAAACUUAUUCGAAGGAAACGAUCGGCGUUUUAUAUUUUUACGCAAUGGUCGUUUGUCUCGUUAUCGUGGCAACUGUGAGGGAUUAUUUCGUGGAAACGCAAGGAAAAGGAAAUUAUUCUGAGAGGAUAAUCAUGUCAUUUUCCUUACGGAGGACGGUUAAAGCCUUAUUCAAGGACGGUGCGGACGGUGCGGAUAUUACCUGCGUUCACGGAAUAAGAACGCUGGCCACGAUCGCUCUUUACAUUGCUCACCAGCUUGUAGCAAUCGCCCGAAUACCGUUUAGUAAUCGUGCUUCUCUUACCGAGAUCGCUAACAACCCAGCAAGCUCUAUUUUGCGAGUAUCCUUGGUUUACACGGAUGCGUUUCUGCUGCUGAGCGGUCUUCUGACCGCUUACAAUAUGGCGGAGGAACUGAAAAUUCGCGGUGAGAUUCGCUGGUUCUGCCGCUUCAUCGCCAGAUUUAUCAGACUUUCACCGGCGUUGCUCGCGGUGGUGUUUUGGUACGCGUUCGUGAUGGAACAUGUGGGUUCAGGUCCGCAAUGGAACAGUAUCAUCACCGCGAACGCGGAGCUCUGCAAGCACAACGCCUGGACAAAUCUAUUAUACGUGCAGAACUUCUUUCCGUUCGAGGAGAUGUGCGCCACGCAUACGCAUCAGCUGGCCCUGGAUAUGCAGCUGUCACUCUUGGCGCCUAUCUUGGUCUUCUUCCUGCAGUACAAGCUCCUCGUCGGUGUCCUCUUGAUAACCUUCCUCGUUCUAUUGUCCGCCACUCUACGAUACAUAGCGACAAUGAGCAAUUAUCUGUCUCUCGUCAUCUUUCACGGGAUGUCGUUAAAGCGUCUCUACAAGACUGCUAAUCUUACUUACGCGUUGCCGCUGCACAGAGCAACACCAUACGUUUUCGGUGUCGGCCUCGGCGUGUUGUUACAUUAUACCGGGAAGAAUGUCAAAAUUCACAAGGCGUUGGUGAUCUUGGGUUGGUCGAUUGCAACACUUCUAGGUUCAUGGUCAUUAUUUUCACCCUGGCAUCAGGCCAGACGAGAUUACGUGUACAAUGUCGAAGAAGCCGCUCAUUAUGCAGUAAUCGGACCAGUAUUGUGGGCCACGGCUUUAUGCUGGUCAAUAUUCGCCUGCUUCACUGAACAUGGAGGUGUCGUUAACAAUUUCCUCUCCAACUAUUGGUUCAAGAUCUUCAGCAGGCUAUCGUACGCCAUAUACCUAACGCAAUUCGCGGUAUUUUUCUACAAUGUCGGGACCACGAGAUUUUCCUCGGAAUUUCAACCUCUUAAAGCAAUUGAUCCUCUGGAAGUAGUGAUAGUAAUAGCUGCGUCAGUUGUUUUGACGUUACUCUUUGAUCUUCCGAUGCAGGAGGUGAAGAGUGUCAUUAUGGAAAGCACGGACAUUUCGAUACUCGAAGAUUCCAAAGAAGAAAAGACAAGUAUAAGCGAGGAUAAAAGCUUUGCUGAAUUGGCGGAAGUCGCCAAAGGGCCGGUUGAGCAAGCAAACGUUUUCGAGGAUGACGAGAUCGCGUCUACCGGGUGGGAUUGGCAGAAGGAUAUAGCUCACGGUGCGGUUGUGGCCGAAGGACACGACACAGAAGACGAGACGGUAAAUGUACCGAUAUUAAAGAAAGUGAAUGGAAGACGAAUGUCGUUUAUCGAUCAUGAAACGCACGAUUCCGACGAAAUGUCGAGUAAAGAUCGAGCCACAGUAUUUACUAGAAGACCAUCCAAAGAUACGGAAGAGUACGUGGUACGAGGCAAAAGAGGCAUAAAUAGUCAGAGAUACGCAACGGAUGACUCUGAAGAAGAAACUAUCGAAUUUCUGAGAAGUCAACGAGAGCACGAGACCGCUCAACGUAGGCGUUCGCUAUCGAGAACCAAAGAUAGCAAGAAAUUGACAUCGAGAGAGAGCGAAAGUGAGGAAGAGCGGCAGCGCAAGAGAAAAAGCAACGACGAUUUGCGACAAUUUGGGAGAUCUGAAUCCAAAGAAAAGGCGUCGACCAAGCAAGUGGACGACUAUCGUUCUUGGGAAUUCGUCGGAAAGGAGGGCCUCUCUGCAAAAGAACAAUACGAAACAAUACCGCGACAAACGAAAGCACCUCUCGCAAAAUCAGCAGACGUCGCGAAAAAAAUACUGUCUUCUGAAAGCGAAGAGGAGCCAUCGAUUCGAGGAACGCAGCUGGAACGCGUUCCAAGUUCCGAGACGAAAACGAGCGACGAGGAGGACUGGGAACACGAAUUGAGGAUACGAAGAAAACAGUUUAUGGAACAGUUGGUCACUCAGAAGCGAGAAUCGCUGUCCGAGGAGAGAAGCGAACCUGAGGCGGAACCCUUGAAACGUAGAUCCUCCGCGGAGGGCAGGAUAGCGUUGCUGAGCGACGAUGUCUCCGGUGAAGACAACAUGGACUCGUGGACCGUUAGCGUUGGAGCGCGAAUUGAACUGCUCGAACCCCAGGAGCCGAGCGAGCCCGAGGAUGACGGUAUUUACAUGCGCCGGAGGGAAUAUCGCGAGCAAGGUCCGCCUUCGCGAGAGGCGAGCUUGAGCGAGGGAGAAAGUAGUCAAGAUAAUUCGCGAAGGCAAUCGUACACCAGUGGUAGCCAGAAGACAUCCCUGGAAGAAGAGGAUGACGCUAACAACCACAAUUUUGUCCUGACUAAGGAAAGCAAGAGGGAAUCUCUGCAGGAUCUGUCAAAAUUGUCGCAGGAAGAAUUGACGAGCGCUGGAUGGAACGUGGUGAAAAAAGACGAUGAUCCUUCAACAAAGUCGACAUCAACUGGAUUAUUUAAGCGGGAAUCCAUCGUGAAGAGUCAGGCCAGCGAGGAGGAUCCCGAGUAUCUCCUACCGGAAAGACCCAAGCUGGUCCAGCAAGAGCGGGAACAUCCUUUCAAGAAGGCCUGGCAGAUGCAAAAGUCUCGAUCGGAGGAGGAAGGCUCCUCGGCGUACGCUAUAAAGGAUCCCAAGGAGCAGCCAUCAGAGACCAAACAGACGACGAAGGAGACGUCGAUCAAACGCGAACACAGCGGCGAACAAUCCGAGGACACCGAGUCGCUCGCCGACGAAGAAGCCGCGUUGCUGCGUGGCAAGAGUACCGACACAGAAGAAAACAGAACCAGUUCGAAAUCCGGCACGGAGGAGAGGGAUUCCGUCUCGACGGAAUACAGCAAAGACACUCGCGACUCAGAUUAUAGGCAGAGCUCUAAAUCUGAGACCGACGACGAUUCGGGAAGAUUUAAUUGGCCUAGCGAGGAGGCAGAGGAAGAGGACGAGGAGGAGGAAGAAAUUUACAGGACCGACUGGAAGAGGAAGUCGGAGGACGCGGAUUGGGACUGGGAACGGGAGGAAACUUGACGAAAAUGAUUUUAGAUAAUUGCGUACGAAAGUGACCGUACUUUACCUUCAAGUUUGGCCGAAGGUAAGGAUGAGGGAAAAAGCGAAACGAUCGAAUCGUAGCGCUCGAAGCAACGAGUGCUUGCGCGAGAAAAAAGAUACGAGGAUGAAAAAAUCGAUCGAGAUUUAUAUAUUUAAUCCUUAUAAGUUAAUAAAUUAAAAAAAAAUAUAUUUGCGCUGCACACAUAUCUCUUCUUCGCAUUAUUUUGAUGAGUAUACUGCUUCUUAUGUAUAUUGCGUGUUCGUUAUGUACAAAGCGUUUUCUGGAUUUAAAAUCACGAAUUAUCUCUUUUCUUGCUUCCGGUUCUGAAGCGAGCAAGUUUCAAAUUUUAUGCCGGAAAUAAAAAUAUAAAAGAGAACUACUUUGUAAGGUGAGCGAAACUACUUUGUAAAUCGCGUUCACGAUUGUUUUCGGAAAAUCUUCUGAUCGAAUAAUACUGCAUUGAUUUCUACCUGCAUUCUGUCAUCGAAAUCAUUUUAUGACGUUCGUUUUUCUGAGAGGAAAAAAAUGAAGGUGAAUUCUUAUACAUACAUGUAUAUAUACAGAAAUAUAUCGACUCUAUCUCCUCUUUCUCUCUUUAAUAUAAAUAAUAAUAACGAUAUAUAUGUAACGAUAAUAUUUAUUAUGCAUAUACCGCUUCGCAAGAAUAUCCGUUCGAGGCUGAAAUUGGCGAUUCGAACACUAUUGAUAAUAAGACCCGCCGAAAGUGAGCAUUAUAUGCGACAAUAUAAUCUCCAACUAAAAAAAGAUAAUAUUUUUUAUCUAUUUUUAUCAGUUAGAUUUUAUCGAGUAUAUCAGAUAUAUGAUGAUUGUGCGUGUGUAUGUGUGUAUAUAUGUAAUAUCAACCAAUUUAAAGUUACCUAGAUGUUGAGGCGAUCGUAUAAUCGCUAUGAUGUGCAAUUCGAUGAGACCACUUACUAAAUACGCAAAAUAUGUCAAUCGGCUGAGAACAAUAAACACACUAUAUUUUAAAAAAUUUUUCACUUAUCCUGAAAUCAAGAAGAUCAACAUAUAUUUAAAUCUAUUAAUUAACACAUAUUUUAAUCCUUAGUUGAAACAAGUAUAUACUUUCAUUAUUGGUGACGCAAUUAGAAUUAUCUUGAUACCGAUACACCAAAAAAAUCGAGGAGAAUAUAUGAUGACUGCCUCGAUGAUAGUAAAGUCCUUUCUUAUAUUAUAAAAUAUGAUAAUAGAGAACAUGGAUACUAGUAACAACAGUGUCGCAAAUAAUCACUCCAAUUUGACCAUUUCUUUCAUAUGAAAAAAUUCACAUUAUAAUGGAAUAAUUUUAUAAACACUCUGAUCAAUCUACGUAUCUAAUUAUUUGUUUUUUAAUUCGUCAAUAUGUAUUUGAAUUAACAUACAAUACAAAGUGUUCGUGAUGAUCCUGUAUAUUAAACAAAAAAAUUAAUUAAAAAUUAUCCUUGAUAAACGAUGUCAUUUAAAUUUGAUAAACAAUGUAUAGCCAAAUGCAAGACCAAUAAAAAUGCAAUACGAUUUGA